GUCGGACAAGCUGGACAAGGUUUAUGCUCAAAUACUCCACGCGUGUUUGCCACUGUUUGGGCGCCGUAUUUCAGCUUUGGGUGUACGAUAUUCGCAGUGGCGGCGGUAGGAGUAGCUAUGCGGUGUGCUACGUGGACGCAGAGGCUCUAUCUCCAUACAGGAGCCCGGGAAAAAGGCCGCCCCGGCCCGCCCGUAGCCCCAUUCAUAAACGAGCCUGGUCCCGGAGUCUUCGCCCCUCGCCCCAUCAGGACAGACGAAGCUCAUCGAGAUCAGGUCAUUGAGACGGUGAGAUAGCAACCGACGAUCUACGACUCAAAGGACAGGCGAUGGGUGUUACGACGGUGCUCCUCCCGACCUCCGUCCUGGGGCGUCCCGAACUAGCCGACGUCCUCUCGAUACAGGUUCCGACAGCCCACGGCGCAGAGCCAAAUCCCGGUGGACCACCCCCGGUCUCCGGGCCACUCACCAUCACCGUCGCCGACUUCCGCCGAGUGAUCGCCGAACAGGUACUCGCGGGCGAGUACCUCGCCAACCGCCUCGUGUUAUGGGACAUUUCCGCCUGCGACUGCCGGUGGGACGAUCCGCGCAUUGCCGAGAUCGGCGACGACGGUCGGGAAAAACUUAUGCAGGGUGAGGGAGGGAAGGGUGAGGUGGCAGACGUGAAGCGGAGGUUUCCUGCAGCAAGGAUGUUGUCGCCGAUUGGGAAGUUGGAGCACGAGUUACAGGAUUUGUUCAAAGGCGAUGGGAAGAAAGGGGAUGUGAAGGGUGGUGGAGUGGGGGAGAUGGACAAGAUGCUGGAGAAUCGGCUGGCUAUCCUUGUUGUCGUGAGGAGUGUGCAAGCUCAAACCAGCGAAACCAGUAAUACCACAGUGACCAGCAAUUCUACAACAUACCCAACGGAUCCUCGCCACAGCAUCGCCUCAACUUCUUCACCGCCCGCCUACGACAUGCUUGAUUCCCAUGGUCUCGACAGCGCUCCCACCUACACUCCUGGGCGCUCAUCGAUGUCGUCGGUCGUCUCGACCAACACGUAUGGCAGCCUCGCCAAGUCCCAGCGGUCAUCCUCGGACCAUUUCAUUACGACGAACGGGGAGCCGGAAGAGACGGGACAUCGUCAAGAAAGUGAACAUCGCUCCCCGGUUCCGCCGGCGAGGUCCUCAUCGCAUAGACCUCUGCGCUCAUCAGACCAAAAACACCGGUCUACGGGUGACGUCCUUCGUCCAGCCAACCGCGCCCUAUCGACCGUCGGUCCCACACGGCCUCAGUCCGUCCCAUUGUGUACGACCCCGCCGUCUCGGCCCCCUGUUCCAACCUACGGUUCCUUGCGCGCCCACGCCGAUGCCCAAUCGGGCCCCUUGACCCGCGUCAUCAAACGCCGCGCCAUGGCCCAGAUGCUCUCCGACAUGGAAGAAGAACGCGGCAUGCGCCAUUUCGUGCUAGUCGACACACGAUUGUGGAUAUUCGACCCCCCCAACAGUAGCUCAGACCCAUCUUCUCACCCACCUCCGGACACCACCCUCGCCCGCGUCCACCUCCAGCUGACACCAAACUCACAGGCCGAGCUCAAAUCCUUCAAAUCCACACAACACCGCUUCUCACUCUCCGUCUCUGGCCAGCCGCGCCGCUUGGGAUCCGACGGGCGCGUUGUGGCGCAUGGGAGCGAAAUAGUGGAUAGGAAGGGGUUGGCGAGUUGGAGGUUGGAGGCGAGGGAUGCGGAGGAGGCGAUGGAGUGGGUUGCGGCGUUGAUGAAGGCUGUGGAGGCUGCGGGGGCUAGCGUGCGGAAGCCGAUUUACAAAAAGGGGAUGGGUGCCGCUGAUUUCGCGGGCAUACGCGUCAUGGGAGCAAGUUGGCAUGCCUAGAUACGCCCGUAGACGGAUACCUCUCAUGGUUGAAACGUAAUACAUAGAGUAAUACUGGCAGCCUUGAGCCGCGAUCGGGACGCCAGGUUCAGACAAGUGGGUUACCCGCACAUUGGGAC